CUUGAGGACAGCCGCAGAGGCAUCAGAGGGAACCAUACUCGAGGCCAUGGGGGUCGAUGAAGAAGAUUGAGACGAAAAAUCCAAAAUUGGCGCUUUAGCGCUGAGCGUUGAUCGAGCGUUUACUUACUAUGCCGGACACUGCUCAUCGUCACGGUCAACUGCGACCACUACAACCAGGCGACGGCCAUCGUCGCCACCGCAUCCAUCAUGAACACUGUCGACCUGGAACAGGCCGCCUCUGUUCCAUUACCUACUUCACCAACUCUGAACGGACGUACUUUCACUGGUGUUACAGACGAAGCCGCUUUGCAUAUACACUCCAUACAUGACAGCGCAGUCAAUGGCACUGAAAUAGAGUCUGUGGAUUUACCGCUACCGAAAACGCACGAGCAAGAUUCGAACGAGGUCUCCUCUGAAACUGCAAUACCAGCUGCUCCUGCGGAUGGCCCUUUGGUUCAUGCAUAUGUUUCACCUUCAGAGGAACGGGAAGUACAUACCAAUGGCGACCAGACAGAGGCCGCUGCACACUCCGUACCCCCCACACCCCCUGCGAAGCCCACACAUCUUCCAAAUCCUCUGACACCCCCUCCUCGGCGCGAGAGUUUGCUAUCUUCCUCCAAAGGAGCUAAUGGAAACGCACGGCCGUCUACAGACAGUAUGGAUAGUCGAAGGGCGAACGGUAGUCGAUUAGGUGCUCGAAGUCCUGCUCCAAGGCCUGCGUCGCCUGCAUCCCACAGACGUUCAUUAACACUUUCGAAGGGACGAACAGUGUCUGUGGUUCUCAUUUCGUCUGCUCUGGAAACUAUAGCUGCUUCUCGGGAGGCGAAGCGAUCGCCAGUACUUCGGGAUAGUGUCCAGCGUGCUUUGGACAUGGUGAGAUCCGGUCAGGGUGGAGACAGGCCUCGUGAAAUAUUCGAACCAUUGCGUCUUGCGUGCGAGACGCGGAACGAGAAGCUCAUGAUCGCAAGUCUGGACUGCAUAUCCAAACUAAUUUCCUAUUCGUUUUUCGUGGAAAGCUCCCCUCCUCCAAGUCUACCUUCGCCUCCCCCAUCUCCAGGUCCGAAUGGAUCUGCCGCGCCCGUUGACACGUCAAAGCAGUCGCUGGUAGAUUUGGUCGUACAAACGAUAACCGCAUGCCACAAUGAGUCUACGCCUGACACAGUGUCAUUGCAGAUUGUGAAAGCACUUCUGUCUCUGGUGUUAUCACCGACAGUCCUGGUUCAUCAGUCGUCAUUGCUGAAGGCUGUCCGGACUGUCUAUAAUGUUUUCCUGCUUAGUACCGACCCAGUUAACCAAACCGUGGCUCAGGGAGGACUCACCCAGAUGGUAAACCACGUAUUUACCCGGUGCAAAAUUACCGCUCCUUCCUUAUCCCGCACUGAUUCCAAUCCUACGCUAUCCUCAAGAGAGGGUGACUCUGUUAGACUCUCUCUCGCUUCAUCGUCUCAUCAGAGCCUGCCCAACCCUCCCCUGUCGCCACCUUCCACAUUAUCACAGGCUUCAACCUCUAAUAGCGAUGAGUUGAGCUCUGUAACAGUCCAGCAUACACCUGCGCUUCCGCAACCGAACCCUGCGCCUGAUGUAUCUGAAGAGUCUGCUGCCGAAUCUUCCGUUCGGGCAAGCACUGAUGCAUCUGUCGCUGAGAGCAUCUCUGGGCAUCACCCAGAACCUUCAGAAGCUGGUGCCAGCGACAUGCUACACGACGACGAGCACGAGCACGAAACUCUGCGCGAGAUGUCAACGAACGAUCUAUUCAUCAAAGACGCGUUUCUAGUCUUUCGUGCACUAUGCAAGUUGACGAUGAAACCUCUAAAUCAAGAGAGUGAACGGGAUUUAAAGUCUCAUGCCAUGCGAUCAAAGCUCCUGUCGUUGCAUCUCGUAUUGACGAUUCUUAACAAUCACAUGCCGAUAUUCGUGUCUCCUUCCGCAAUCAUCUACUCAAGUUCGAAUCACGAAGCGACUACAUUUGUCCAAGCUGUGAAUCAGUAUCUCUGUCUGUGCUUGAGCAGAAACGCUGUCAGCCCUGUGCCUCAGGUUUUCGAGAUCAGUGUGGAGAUAUUUUGGAGAGUCAUCUCCGGAAUGCGUACCAAGCUCAAAAAAGAAAUCGAGGUCCUGUUGCAUGAGAUCUUCAUACCUAUUCUGGAGAUGAAGACCUCUACGCUGAAGCAGAAGGCAGCUAUUCUCGGGAUGUUACAUCGUCUAUGCAAAGACCCUCAAGCUUUGGUUGAGAUAUACCUCAAUUAUGAUUGCGAUAGUGAGGCUAUCGACAAUAUUUAUGAACAUCUCAUGAAUAUUAUUUCCAAGCUGAGCACUUCGCCGAACACACAAAACCCUCAGAAAGCAAAUGACCCCACGAGUCCGGGGCUUCCACCGACAUCUAAGGGGCAUUCGGGUUCGGUGCCUCCCGCGUUGAGCACAGCAGCUUUAUCGGUGCCUGGCAACCUGGACACAAGCGUCAUUGGUCUUUCUGAGACGCAACUCAAGAGACAAGCUCUAGAAUGCCUGGUCGCCGUAUUGAAGUCUCUCGUACUUUGGGGCACAGCUAGCGCACUUACUGGGGAUCAAAACCUUGAUCAACAUUCUCGUUCGCAAGUUGGCGAAGAGAGCCGAGCAGAAGUUGUUACUCCUGACCCAUCCCUAGACAGGCUCUCCGGCUUUCCCAAUGGUUAUGAUGCGUCGAGGCAGCCAACACCGGAGUUAUCAGACGAUCCUAGCAAGUUCGAAAGCGCGAAACAGAAGAAGACAACUUUGUUGGAGGGUAUCAAGAAAUUUAAUUUCAAGCCGAAACGUGGAAUUCAAUUCCUCAUCGAAACUGGGUUCAUUGCAAGUCCAUCCCCUCAGGAUAUCGCGCGAUUCCUUCUGGAGACGGAUGGCCUCAGCAAGACUAUGGUUGGGGAGUAUCUUGGAGAAGGAGAUGAAGAUAAUAUUGCAACAAUGCAUGCGUUUGUCGACAUGUUGGAUCUCAGUAAUAUGCCGUUCGUCGAUGCACUGCGAAACUUUCUUCAAGCAUUCCGUCUCCCUGGCGAGUCUCAGAAGAUUGAUCGUUAUAUGCUGAAGUUCGCGGAACGGUAUAUUGCUGGCAACUCUAACACCCCAUUCGCAAACGCCGAUACUGCCUACGUAUUGGCCUAUUCAACCAUCAUGCUGAAUACGGAUGCACAUAACCCUCAAGUAAAGAAUCGGAUGACCAAAGCGGACUUUUUGAAAAACAAUCGCGGGAUUAAUGAUGGUGCUGACCUUCCUGAGGAGAUUUUAUCUGCCAUUUUCGAUGAGAUUGUCAGCAACGAGAUCCGGAUGAAGGAUGAGGUUGAAUCUGCCCUGAUACCGACAGCUCCAGGACCAGGUUUAGCAAAUGCACUUGCAAACGUUGGUCGCGACCUGCAGAAGGAAGCCUACAUGAUGCAAUCAAACAACAUGGCUAAUAAGACGGAGGCGUUGUUUAAAACCUUGCUGCGUUCCCAAAGGAAGGGUUCUAAGAGUGGAGAGCAAUAUUUUAGCGCUUCACACUUCAUUCAUGUUAAGCCCAUGUUCGAGGUUGCCUGGAUCUCAGUCUUGGCAGGUGUAUCUGGACCACUGCAAAGCACCGACGAUCUAGAGAUCGUCGAACUCUGUUUGGAUGGCUUCAAGAGUGCGAUCCGGAUUACAUGCUUCUUCGACAUGGAGUUGGAACGCAAUGCUUUCAUUACGACUCUGGCUAAGUUCACCUUCCUGAACAACCUUGGAGAGAUGAAGACGAAGAACAUGGAAGCCAUCAAAACUCUGCUGGACGUCGCGGUUACGGAGGGCAAUAAUCUCAAGAGCUCUUGGCGGGAAGUACUGACCUGCGUCAGUCAACUCGAGCAUAUGCAGUUGAUUAGCAGUGGUGUAGAAAUCCCAGAUGGCAAGAAAGGCGGCCGUGUGAGGAAACCACCCACCGAGGAACUCGCGAAUGAAAGUCGCUCAACGCAUAUCACCGUUGCGGCCGACAUGGUGUUCUCUCUCAGCCACUAUUUAUCAGGAACCGCGAUUGUCGAUUUCGUAAGAGCACUAUGUGACGUAUCAUGGGACGAAAUUCAAUCAUCGGGACUGUCGCAACAUCCUCGUCUUUUCAGUCUUCAGAAGUUAGUUGAAAUCUCGUACUACAACAUGGGCCGUAUUCGUCUUGAGUGGUCCAAUUUGUGGGAUAUCCUCGGGGAGCAUUUUAAUCAAGUUUGUUGUCACAAUAACCCGCAUGUCGCGUUCUUUGCUCUAGAUGCCCUCCGGCAACUAGCUAUGAGGUUUUUGGAGAAGGAGGAGUUGCCACACUUCAAAUUCCAGAAGGAUUUCCUCAGGCCCUUCGAGUUCACGAUGAGCCACAACUCGAACCCGGAUGUCCGCGAUAUGGUCCUUCAAUGCCUGCAACAAAUGAUACAAGCACGGGUGGCGAAUUUGAGGUCAGGCUGGAGAACCAUGUUUGGUGUGUUCUCGGCGGCAUCGAAGGUCCACACCGAACGCAUUGUCAACUCAGCAUUCGAGAUCGUCACACGCUUGAACAAGGAGCAUUUCCCCGCCAUCGUGCGGCAUGGUGCUUUCGCUGACCUUACGGUUUGCGUCACUGACUUCUGCAAAGUGAGCAAAUACCAGAAGAUCAGUUUACUUGCUAUCGCUAUGCUGCGCGGCGUCAUUCCCGUUAUGCUGGAGUGUCCUGAGUGCGGCUUCAACGUUCCCGCUGGUGAGAAAAGCGCGCACGCGGAUGAUCCUAUGAUCAAGUUCUGGUUCCCCGUACUAUUCGGAUUCUAUGACGUUAUCAUGAAUGGUGAAGAUCUAGAAGUGCGCCGCCUAGCCUUGGACUCACUUUUCACGACAUUGAAGACAUAUGGUUCUACGUAUCCUGUUGACUUCUGGGAUACUGUUUGUCAAGAGCUGUUGUUCCCGAUGUUUGCGGUUCUGAAGUCCAGUCAAGACCUGUCACGGUUUAGCACCCAGGAAGACAUGAGCGUUUGGCUGUCGACGACUAUGAUUCAAGCCCUGCGAAAUCUGAUAGAUCUCUAUACAUUCUAUUUUGAAACUCUGGAACGUUUCUUGGACGGCCUUCUAGAUCUUCUUUGUGUCUGUAUCUGCCAAGAGAACGAUACACUGGCGCGUAUCGGCACGUCAUGCCUCCAACAACUUCUGGAGAACAAUGUCAAGAAGCUGAGCUCCGCUCGCUGGGAACGCGUCGCGACCACCUUUGUAAAGCUGUUCAGGACGACAACCCCGCAUCAGCUUUUCGAUGAGAGCUUGCGAGUUGAGAUUGAUGGAAGUACUCCUGACCUUUCAGAUACCGCAGAACUUAAUGGCGAAGCUAUUGUUCCUGCGCCACUCUCUCCUAAUGACCAACAAAAGGCUGGAACGAAGGUAUCACUCAACGACCGCCGGAGAAUAUUCAGACAGAUCAUUGUGAAAUGUGUAUUGCAAUUAUUGCUGAUUGAGACAACGAAUGACCUCCUUCGCAAUGACGAAGUCUACAACACCAUACCUCCGGAACACCUUCUGCGGUUGAUGGGAGUGCUCGACCACAGCUAUCAAUUUGCGCGAAUGUUCAACGAUGACAAGGAACUUCGAACUGGGUUGUGGAAAGUCGGCUUCAUGAAGCACUUGCCGAAUCUGCUGAAGCAAGAGUCUAGCAGCGCUGCCACAUUGGUCCAUGUACUACUGCAAAUGUACUACGACUUCCGACCUGAGCAUCAAGCUGCCCGUCCGCAAGUAGCGGAUCGACUGUUACCCUUGGGCCUUGGAGUACUCCAAGAUUUCACUAAACUUCGUAUGGAUACCCAAGCCAAAAACGUCACAGCCUGGACGCCGGUUGUCGCUGAAAUACUGCAAGGUUUUGUGAAGUUUGACGACAAAGCAUUUACACGAUAUCUUCCUGCUAUAUACCCUCUGGCUACCGAGCUUUUAGCUCGGGACAUGGCGCCUGAAAUUCGAGAAGGACUUCGAGAGUACUUUACUCGCGUUGGAUACGUACAGGGUAUUAUAGAUCGUCCAUAGUAGCUGAUUUUGGUCUCUGUUCUGGCAUGAUUUAACUUAAUUACUCCUCAUCUUCUGUAGUGUAGUCAUAUACUGGUAUUAUGCGUUUCUUGACUCCUGUGACGGAAGUUGCAGAAACAACGGUGGACUAUUCAGGAAAAAGCUCGCUAUAUACAUACAUCCGGACUUCGCUAUUGCUGGUAGCCAUAUCCAGUUUGCAUACCACCCAUGCCAUAUCCCCACCCUGUCGGCUGAGCACUAAGGGGCAUUGCUAAGGAUGAAAA